CGCGAUUUGACUCACGCUGCAUGGUCGCCUUGUUUGACUCAUGAUUGCUGGCUGAUUGGUUACUUCGUUUAAAGAAUGCUUAUGUUGCUGAUUUGCAUGAUCCACAUUGAAGGUCCGAGUACUACACCUGCGAAAUCAGUCACCAACCUAGACCCUACUAGAUCUAUAUAAGCUUCUUCCACGCUCCAAACACAGAUGGUACUUUUCUGGUCAUAUAGGCCGCCUAGUGCUAUCUCAUUCCAUUUAUCAGUUUCUCGAUUGAACCGCUUAUAUCAUCAUCAAACCAUGGGAAACAAGAAACAGUACUCCGGCCCUCGCCGGCCUCCCUCCAGCAAAGAAAAGAGACCACCGAUCACUCACUUCCUCUGUAUUCCACUGGUCAAUGCAGCUUCUCUCCCCCAAUUGGAGUCGUCUCUUGCAGCAUUCAAGUCAGCUCUUCCUCUUGCUCCCCAACCUCCCCGCCAUGAGCUUCCCUCAAGAAAGCCCAACGUCGAGCGCCCACUCAUUCCCCACGGCGCAAUUCGACCCGUCGGCACCCUCCAUCUUACUCUAGGCGUCAUGAGUCUCCCGACGCAGCAGCGACUAGACGAAGCCAUCGAGCUUCUCCAGUCCCUAGAUCUAGCCAGCAUGGCGCGCGAGGCGGAGCGAAGCGUGCGCCGUAGCCGGACAGCUCCGAAUGAGAGCCAACCUGCAACUUCUCAAGUUGACAACGACACAGUCGGCACUCCCGGCCCUUUCACCGUCUCGCUGGAGUCCUUGAGUGCGAUCCCCCGGGCUCGAGCUGCUACGGUCUUGCACGCUGCACCCGUCGAUCCCUCGUCUCGAUUGUAUCCGUUCUGCGAGAUGCUACGGGAUAAGUUUCUUGAGGCGGGGUUCCUACAAGCUGAAAUUAAAAAGGACAAGAGAUCCGAAGGGGUGUCUCAGCAGCAACAACAACAACAACAACAACUGCAGGAGCCACCUCAGCAGCAGCAACAGCAGACUGACGUCGACGCCCAAUCCCUCGCAGCACCCAAACCUAAACUCCGACCCCUGCUUCUCCACGCCACAGUCGUGAACACGAUCUACAUCAAAGGAAGACAACAGCCCGCCGAGCGAGGUCCGAACGGCAAAAACCGCAGAAACCAGUACACUUUCGACGCGCGGGACAUCCUCGCCCACUACAAAGACUACUACGUCGACGGUGACCGCGUAACUCCACGGUCGGACACUGUCGUUGUACGAGCCCCAGUUGUGGAAGCCGGUACGCAUGAAGGCGCCCCGCAGGAUAAGUCAGACGACGAGGAGGCCUCGGCUGUGCCGAGCAGGAAGGAGAAAUUCCCAUUUGUCUGGGCCAGGAACUUUCCCCUGGAUGCGGUCUGUAUCUGUGAGAUGGGCGCCAAGAAGCUUGACCUUGAGAAUGAUCCCGAUGGGAUGAAUGCUCGGUUGGGGGAGAAGUACAAGGUCGUUGCGGAAAGGAAACUGGAUUUUGGGUCCGCGGUUGGUGCAUGAUGUCUGAUGAUGGUGUUUCGAGUUACGGAUAUUCUCUUAUAGACAUGGACUGCCCAAAGCGAAUGGAUAAUCAUGUACCCACUAUCAUUGCAUACUUUGAUUUAGCAUUAUU